AGAAUGGCAUUAUGAAUCUAAUCUAAAUUUCCUUUUCUCAAUUUUAAAUUUUGGUUGCUUAAACCUGAAGCAAUCAUGGUGAACCUGAGGAAAGCAGUGCACUCAUUCCUUGUGCACUUAAUUGGCCUAUUGGUUUGGCAAUGUGAUAUUUCUGUGAGCCCAGUUGCAGCCAUAGUAACUGACAUUUUCAAUAUCUCCGAUGGUGGACGCUUCAAAUUCCCAGACGGGGUACAAAACUGGCCAGCACUUCCAAUCGUCAUAAUAGUAAUCCUGACAAUAGGUGGCAACAUUCUCGUUAUCUUGGCAGUAAGCUUGGAAAAGAAACUGCACAAUGCCACCAAUUACUUCUUAAUGUCCCUAGCCAUCGCAGAUAUGCUAGUGGGACUACUUGUCAUGCCACUGUCUCUGCUCACAAUCCUUUAUGAUUAUGUCUGGCCACUACCUAGGUAUUUGUGCCCCGUCUGGAUUUCUUUAGAUGUUUUAUUUUCUACAGCAUCCAUCAUGCACCUCUGUGCUAUCUCGCUGGAUCGGUAUGUAGCAAUACGUAAUCCUGUUGAGCAUAGCCGUUUCAAUUCGCGGACUAAGGCCAUCAUGAAGAUUGCUAUUGUUUGGGCAAUUUCUAUAGGUAAAUAA